AUGGACGGCUAUACUAGCUUUGACACGGAGUCUCUGCGCUCGUAUACCGGCACUCUGAAUAGCGUCACGCUCGACCAAAGCGGUAAUUAUUAUGCAGACAGAUUCCACGACAAGGAUAAAGAUGAAUUAUUUCUCCACAAUUUCCCUUCGCCGCCCUCUAUAAAAACCCUUCGUCGCAACUGCAUUGCCCACGAACUCCCACUGUUACAAGAACUAAACCCCAACGAUGGCUCUGAACAAUUCCACCCUGUCCACGACCAAACCCUCUCCUACGACCUGAUCGCUCCAGGAACAAGCGAUGACCACGACGCGCCUCGCUUCCCGCUCGAGCGCCAUGCUGAGCGCAUGUUCUCCCCCGUCCACAUGCGAAUUAUCCUCACCACCCCGCGCUUCCUCGCUCAUUUCCGCGAGUUUCUCAUGGAGGAGCGUCCGCGCUCGCUACCAGCGUUAACCUACUAUCUGAACGCGAUCAAGGCACUCAAAGCGCUUGAAUAUGCCAAUGAGCUUAUGCGCAAACUGCCGCCUUCUUCUUCUUCUUCCUCUGCUGAAUCAUCUCACUCUGGCAGAGAUACCGACACCACAACCACCUUCACAACAGAUACGGAUGCAUCCAUGUAUCACAUGGCGAUUGAACGUCGUGUGCACGAUGCGCUCGAUGCCCUCACCGCCGAAGAACUCCCAGCAUUCAUUACGUCUACAUGUAUCCGCAUCACCAGCACGAUAGUCGAGGAGCGAGUGCGCGGAACCCUCCCGGCCAAAUUCCAGGGCACAUCCGAUGCGCUCGCGGAGGUCUUUUGCUUGACUGAUCCGUCGCGCCGAGACAACCCAAUUAUCUUUUCUUCAGAAGAAUUCCACCGGACAACCCAGUACGGCAUGGACUACGUCCUCGGGCGAAACUGUCGUUUUCUUCAAGGACCACAUACGAACAGAAACAGCGUGCGACGCAUCCGAGAAGCAAUUGAAGCAGGGAGACAUCACUCGGAGCUAUUUCUCAAUUAUCGUCGCGAUGGAUCGCCCUUCAUGAAUCUCCUCCAAUGCGCUCCCCUCUGUGACAGCAACGGACGCGUGCGGUACUUUAUUGGUGCCCAAAUCGACGUCUCAGGGUUAGCCAUGGAGGAGAAAGUUGCCCCCAACCACGAGGAAGAAGAAUACCAAAACCAAAACCAAGACCAAGAACAACAAGAAGAAGAAGAAACCAAAGCAGUCAACGCCAGAAAAUCAGAAUUCCAUUCACUGUGUGAGCUUUUCUCCCCGCAUGAGCUCAACACCGUACAAAACCACGGCGGACACCUCUUCCACCCAGCCGCAUCAGCAAGGGCGAUACGUCCCGGUUCAUCGCUUCGCCAACCGGCCGAAACAGAGGAAGAUAUCGACGCGGCGAUUCGCGCAAGGGAUAUCAAGUCUUCGGUGUCGUUAACUGGAGCUUAUGAAAAUUACCUUCUUGUUCGACCGUACCCGUCUCUCAGAAUCCUUUUUACAUCACCCUCCUUGCAGAUCCCAGGGAUCUUGCAGUCCUCGUUUCUCUCGCGCAUCGGGAGCUCCAACGGUGUGCGGGAGGAGCUGAUCCAGGCGCUGAUGCAGGGACGGAGUGUUACGGCGAGAAUCAAGUGGCUGACAAAGUUCAAUACCGAGGGGCGCAGUCGAUGGGUUCAUUGUACGCCGCUCCUGGCGAGUAAUGGGGAAGUGGGAGUGUGGAUGGUGGUGGUGGUGGAUGAUGAGUGA